AUGCAAAAAGUAAAUACAUCACCUCAAUAUGAUGUACCUGUCUCAGCACAUGGUAGUGAGGGUACAAAUCCUGCUGAUGCUGCUAUGUGUGGAAUAAAAAUCGUCUCUGUUGGAACUGAGGCCAAGGGAAAGAUUGAUAUAGAAGAGUUGAGGAAGUGGAGGCCAAGUAUAUAUGGGUGGUGCCAACUUGAAUGCUCUCAGAAUUAUUACCCCGUUCUUUUCCGUGGAGUCAAUGGAACAGUUGCUCAUGAAUUCAUCAUUGACCUGAGAGGCUUUAAGAAUACUGCUGGAAUUGAGCCUGAAGAUGUUGCAAAGCGCCUCAUGGACUACGGUUUUCAUGCACCAACAAUGUCAUGGCCUGUGCCUGGCACACUCAUGAUUGAGCCAACUGAGAGUGAAAGCAAGGCUGAACUAGAUAGGUUCUGUGAUGCUCUUAUUUCCAUUAGACAUGAAAUUGCUGAGAUUGAGAAAGGAAAUGCUGACAUUAACAACAAUGUACUUAAGAGCGCCCCUCAUCCACCAUCACUGCUCAUGGCUGAUGCAUGGACAAAACCAUACUCCAGGGAAUAUGCAGCCUUCCCAGCUCCUUGGCUCCGUGCUUCAAAGUUCUGGCCUACCACAGGACGUGUUGAUAAUGUGUACGGUGACCGCAACCUGAUUUGCACCCUUCUGCCAGCAUCACAGGCUGUUGAAGAACAAGCUGCCGCCACAGCAUAGUGUGUUCAAAUGACAACUAUUUUCAUUUCCCGUUGUACAUAAACUCUUAUUCCUAUUCAUACAGUUCUUGCACCUCUUGAAUAUUGCUUCAUCAUAUGUGAUAAUGAUGAUAAUCCACUGCUCUUAAGUUUCAUCCAA